AGUAGGCAGUGAUUAAUUCACCCACUGUGAGAGCUGGGCUUCUAUUUAAUGGGGGGUCUCUCUGCCCAGAAGGAGUUGGAGGCAACUCUAGGAGCAGCAGGAGCAUGGCAGAGAGCCUGACACUGGGCUUCAGGGAAACGGCCAGUGUGGAAAUGCUGCCGGAGGAUGGCGGCUGCAGGCCCAAGGCCAGGGCUGGGCUGGCGUCCAGGAGGAGCAGCGCACGCUGGCCUCUGACCUGCUGCCUGCUGUCGAUCCCCAUCCUGGCCGCACUCACCACCUACCUGCUCGUCGGCCAGCUCCGGGCCCAAGGAGAGGCCUGUGAGCUCCGGACUCCAAAAGAGCAGGAUAUUGGACCUUCGCAUCAGCGAGCUUACACACCUCCUGGAGCUGACAGGGAGAAGCCAAGGGCACACCUGACAGUUGUGAGACAGACUCCCAUGCAGCCCUUGAAAAAUCAGUUCCCAGCUCUACACUGGGAACAUGAACUUGGCUUGGCCUUCACCAAGAACCGGAUGAAUUACACCAACAAAUUCCUGGUGAUCCCAGAGUCGGGAGACUACUUUGUUUACUCCCAGGUGACAUUUCGAGGGACCACAUCGGAGUGUGGUGAAAUCAGCCAAGGGAGGCGACCAAACAAGCCAGACUCCAUCAUCGUGGUCAUCACCAAGGUAACAGACAGCUACCCUGAACCAACCCAGCUCCUAAUGGGGACCAAGUCAGUGUGUGAAAUAGGUAGCAACUGGUUCCAACCCAUCUACCUAGGGGCAAUGUUCUCCUUGAAUGAAGGGGACAAGCUGAUGGUGAAUGUCAGCGAUAUCUCUUUGGUAGAUUACACAAAAGAAGAUAAAACCUUCUUCGGAGCCUUCUUGCUAUAGUGGUAAGACAAAUGUCAUUGUAUGGAGGUCCUCUGCUUCUUAGGUCCUAAUUUUCCUCACUCGUAAUUAUAACCAGGAGGCUUUGUCGGAGGAUAGAGACAGCAGUUAAGAAAUUUAGGGGCCAAAAAUUCAUACUUUAUGUACCUAACUGAUGAGAAUACUAAUCAGAAAAAGGCAGAAGACAGCAGACCUAUUAUCAGAACUGCUUGGAAGAGCAGUGAGUUUCUAAACAUUAAAACACUGAUCACCAAAUGAAUGGAACAUUUCCAUGCCUGGCUCCUAUGCAUUUGUCAAGAAGAGGGCCUAGGUACUGUUCAAUUUUAUUAUGCAGCAUUUGCUUCAGUUCAGGAAACUUAAAAACAAAAUUCAAAGCCCCAGAAAUAGUCCAAACACUUGAGAGGCAAAAUCCUGCAUCAGUUCCCCCAAACACAUAUUUUAAUGCCUUACCGGAAAAAAAAAAGAAAAAAGAACUGAUAUUUCUUAUAAAUGUUCUUCAAGAAAAGGAAUUAAUUUUCAUGCCAUCUAUGAAAAAACUACCUUUAUAACAAAGUUGAUUGAUCCCAAGAGACGAUGGACUUAUUCCCUGGAGGGAAAAUGCCAAAACUACUUUACCCAAUGAGAAAAACUACCUUUCUCUUUAUUAUGUACACAUGCACCAAAACAAGCAACUGUGAGUUCCACAUGCAUAUUAAAAAUACAACAGCACCUGCUCAGCAGUGUUCUUGAGUACCUUUUAUGUGUGUGCUAAACCAAAACACACUAUGAAGAAUGAGACAGACUCUACCCAAAUGUAUAUGAAUACCUGGCUCCUGGUCAAAUGCCACUCAGUGUAUUUCAAGGUCUAAUUCCAACUCCAAACAAGUAUCACCGGAUACUGUUAAACAGAAGAUUUCUGGAGGUCUCCUCACUAUGUUAGACAACCAGCUGAUUAGGCCACUCAAGAAACUUGAAGACAAGAGUUCUAGAAAACAGACCACCCAUAUAACAAAGUCGAUUGAUCCCAAGAGACGAUGGACUUAUUCCCUGGAGGGAAAAUGCCAAUCACCAAAUCUGGAGAUGUUAACUGAGAUCUGCUUUGAGGUUUGACUCACUGUAUAUGCAGAGUGUUAUAUGGGUACUUUGAAAAUAUUCAAAGGGAUUUAAAUGUGGAAUUGGCUCAUCAGCCCAGCCAAGGUGUCUUUCCUGAAGAAGAGGCAGAACACUCUCCUGUGCUUCUAUGAGUUCAUAUCCUCUAUGAUCCUCAAAUCUGUAUGAUUUUCCUGCAACCAUAUGUCAAAGGUUGGAAGGACAUUCUUGUUCUCUUAGCCUCUGUUGAUUUGUCUGUAAAGGAGGAAUCCGUCAAUUUGUUUCCCAGGAUCAAAUGCGCUCAUGGGGAUGAAACAUGUUAGCUUUGAGCAUUCUGUGAAGCCCGCGAGUGUGUCAGUGUGACUUGGGGAGUGGUCUCCAGCACCUUGGCCUUUGUUAUAGAUAUCCCCUAUUGUGAGAGACCUCACAGAUGGGUCUGAAAGCAAGCCUGGCAACGAUAUCACUCUUACUUGGGCUUCCCUGGUGGCUAAGCUGAUGAAGAAUCUGCCUGCAAUGCAGGAGAUCUGGGUUCAAUCCCUGGGUUGGUAAGGUCCCUUGGAGAAGGGAACAGCUACCCACUCUGGUGUUCUGGCCUGGAGAAUUCCAUGGACUAUUCCACGGGGUCACAAAGAGUCGGACAUGACUGAGCAGCUUUCACUUCACCUCACUCUUACUCGUUACCUCAGAGGCAGAGACGUGUGUGAUGGGGUUCCUGAACACGAUGACUAGUGGAGCAGUACUUGACCAACACUUGUUGAGCUAUAAGUAAAUAAAAAUUAAUUUCUUAGUUGGGAGGUUAAGGCUCUGAAGCCCUGAGUUUCUCCAAACAGUCAGCAAAGGGCUCAGCACGAGCAAAGAGCAGGGCGUGGUCCCUUCCACCUGGUUCAAAAGUGUCUUUACAAGGGAAGUGAAGCUUGCAUCCUGAAAGGAGGUGGGCGGGCAGCAGAGGGCCUGGGGAAAGGGCAUCUCAGUCAGAGGAAUUACCCUUUACUUAAAGCAGAAAGGAAAGGUUUCUCAGUAACUACAAAACCAGCUUGAUAAGAGAAUGUUCCCUCUACCAACUCCUAGAACAAUAGUUACUUGCAAUUCAGCAAUGUUUUUAUCAAUGACUCCAGCCUGGCUCUAGGUCAGAACUAACCCUGUUAAGGAAAUAAAAUGCUCUGUCUGCAUCUGCAUGUGAGCACCAAGCAAUCUCGGAUGUGGAAAAGGAUUUUCACAGAGGUGCCCAGAGUGGCCUGCUCACUUUGCCCUCCUUUGAAAAGAACCCCUUACCAAGGGCCUUCAAAUCUUCCCUCUGUUCCAUAGGGAAUCUGGUGAAUUUGGAAGUUUAUCCAAAAAAUAGGAAUUUCCUACUCUCCUAAAAGACUUGAGGCUUUGGAAAAAUCCCCACCACAUAUUUGUUUUGCUCUUGAUUACUGAAGAUUGUAUUUUGCUCAAGUUUUCAUUGCUGAAAUGAAAUGUUAACUUCUCUGUUACUGCUGAAUUUGUUAAAUCCUCUUUGGUAUUCCUUUUAUUGUUCAAGUAGGCCAAACAUUGCUAGUGGGACUCAAGUCAGAACUUCUGUUUCCUUGGCAUUAUUUCCAUGACAAAAAUUAGUACACUAGUUGUGAAAAUGAGGUGAGGGAAUGCUUUUUAAGUUCGUGAUGGUCCCCUAAAAGGAGUAAAUGGGGUGCAUUCAAAGAUUUAGAAGGGGAAAAGGAACAUGCUCACAUGCUUUGUAAAAUAGUUAAUUUAGGGAGAAAAUGUUUUACUGGUUCUAAGUCUAUGAGAAGGCUGAAAUCAAAUCAAUUCCACAAACAUUUACUGAGUACCUACUUGCCCUGGGGAUACAAAGAAAAAUUAUUUUCUCUUCUGAUGUGUUCAUUCUAACUGCUUAGCACCCCCACUGUCUGUAGAUCUUUUAAUUUAUUUUGGUUGUAUUAGCUAAUUAAUUUGCUAGCUUUAGGCAUGUGGGUAUUUUCUCAUUAUGAAAAUGGGUGCCGUUUGAUGAAGGAUAAUCAUUAACAAAAUGACUUGUGCUUACCCUAAGUGGUUUUUUAAAUAGCUAUUCAAGUACAGUUCUCCAUAAAUAAAAGGGGAGAAAACAAAGAUACUUUCUGUGGUAAAAUCCACUAGCUAAGCCACAUAUAGAAAAAGGUUUUUAUUAUCUCCUGGACUAGAGAAGAUAAUCCAUCAACACCAAUGACACUAUUAUAACUUUGGGGAUAACUCAAAUGUUUUGAAAAGCCUGUGUUUCUCAGCCAGUACAGGAACCAUGAUCAAAAUGCAUGAGGUCAUUAGCAUUUUGACGUGGUUUGGAUCUAUUUGGCCCAACAAAAUUGCUUAAGCUACUAAACUUCCUAAAUUGUUUGGCUAAGGUACAGUAGGACAUGAAAAGGUGCACUUUCACAUCCUGAAAAGCGUCUGGUUCAGUUCAAUAACAGGGCAUGCCAGAGCCCUGGGCUCCAUUUCAAUCAAAGCUACGCCACCCCAGAGGAAAUGCCACCCCGGUGAUUGUCAGUAACCCCUCUGGAUUGUAAAAGUUCAACUAGCUCACUGCAACAAGGCAUGUCUGUUGCCAAGUUUCUCUUGCAAGGUGUUUUCCCAAGUCCUUUCCCAGUCGUAUUUUCAUGAUUGUGACAUUGGGGAUUAAUUCUUUAGGUCAGGACUGUUUAUACGCUGCACCUUGCCAAACACAUGCAGAAGUCACUUUCCUCAAGAUUUCUUGCUCUCCCAGGACCCAGAGCCCGGAAGGAUUCUGCCAUUUUUAGAAGAAAUUUUUUAAAGGAUGCACCACUAUCCUGGAUAUUAAGAGCGAUUGCAUCCUGUUGGCAGCUGGGCCUGGGAAGAAUUCAGUGAACUAUUAACCCCUGAAUGCUUCUGUUCUGACAGUGAGAGAGUGAGGGUCAGAACAGUCACAUCUAUGCCCUGCCUGACUCUGACAACCAUAUUUACAACUUUUCAAGCUCUGAUACACAUUUGCCCCCUGCCAUCUCUCCUUCCAUCAUCCCAUUUUAAGAAAAAAGUACCAUACCAGCCCAUUCGGAACUUAUUCAGGACCACACAAUGAGCUAAUGGCAGAUCUGGAGCUGGGAUACUAGCUUCCUGAAUCAUAAUCCUAGGCUCACCAAUUACCCUCUCCUCUUAUUAAAUAGUACUCCUCUUAAUAACUGGAGGAGAAAUUAGAGGAAGACGUGAGAAAUAUCAAGUGUCAAUGGGGUGAUGUAGGAAGGGGAAGAGAUUUCUUUCUUAUUUUCCUAGAAGAAAGAACUAAGGCUAAGAAGUUGAAGUUACAGGGUCACCAUUUCUGCCUUGAUAUCCAAAUGAACUUUCUAUCCCUCAAGAGAAUGUUCCCAGAUAGUGAAUGUUUAGUCCCAGAAGAUAUUCAAGUAAAGGACUCAUCUUGAGGCUUUUGUAGAAACCAUUCUUUCAUUGAGGUGAGAAGAAGAACUGAGUCAAAGGAUUUUUGAGGUCUUUUCCAAAUCUUUGUGGCCAUUUUUAAACUGAUUUUUUAAGUCCAUUUUUAAAUGGACUU